CUCAAUGUUUAAACCAGGAUAUAUUCACACGGCAGGAGGUUACUGGACUGAAGGAUUGUGGAGCAGUGCUUGCCACAGAAUGCCUUAUUUGGCUAAACUAAUUUUCUUGAUCUUUUGUUUGGCCCUUCUGGGGGAAAGCAGAAAACACAGGAGGAAGAGAUGGACAGGACAAGAGGAAGUGCAGAAAGCAAGCCACAUAUAUAAAAAAAACCAUGACAUGACCAAAACAAGGACAGGAAAAAGUGAACAGCUUCUGAGGGUAGAUGACCAUGAUUUUAGCAUGAGACCUGCCUUUGGAGGCCCUGCUAUUCCUGUUGGGGUGGAUGUACAGGUCGAAAGCUUGGACAGCAUUUCUGAAGUCGAUAUGGACUUUACGAUGACACUAUAUCUGAGGCAUUACUGGAAGGAUGAGCGGCUGUCCUUUCCCAGUCAUACGAACAAGAGCAUGACAUUUGAUGGGAGACUAGUAAAGAAGAUCUGGGUGCCAGACGUUUUUUUUGUUCACUCCAAAAGGUCCUUCAUUCACGACACAACCACUGAUAACAUCAUGUUACGGGUGUUCCCGGACGGCCAUGUGCUGUAUAGUAUGAGGAUCACAGUGACCGCAAUGUGCAACAUGGACUUCAGCCGAUUCCCAUUAGAUUCACAGACUUGUACUCUGGAGCUUGAAAGCUAUGCAUACACAGAUGAAGAUCUGAUGUUGUACUGGAAAAAUGGGAAUGAGUCUCUGAAAACAGAUGAGAAGAUUUCCUUGUCUCAAUUCUUGAUCCAGAAAUUUCAUACAACUUCCAGACUUGCUUUCUAUAGUAGCACUGGUUGGUACAACCGCCUCUACAUUAACUUUACUUUACGUCGCCAUAUAUUCUUCUUUUUACUUCAAACUUAUUUUCCUGCUACACUGAUGGUCAUGUUGUCCUGGGUGUCCUUCUGGAUAGAUCGGCGAGCCGUGCCUGCCAGAGUUUCAUUAGGCAUCACGACGGUGCUGACCAUGUCUACCAUCAUCACAGGCGUCAAUGCUUCCAUGCCUCGGGUUUCCUACAUCAAGGCUGUGGACAUUUACCUUUGGGUGAGCUUUGUGUUUGUCUUCCUCUCGGUCAUUGAGUACGCCGCCGUGAACUACCUGACCACCGUGCAAGAGCGGAAGCAGAGGAAGCUGAGAGACAAGUUUUCAUGUACAUGUGGAUUACCUUCUACCAAAACAAUGCUGCUGCAAGGCAUAUUCAGUGAGUCUGAUUCCAACAGUUUAGAAGACUAUCCAAGAGGCCAGAUGGCAACCGAGGAGGAAAAGCAAGACAAAAUGGUGGUCCAUUUGGCCCUAAAUAAUGAGUCACAUUCAUCAAGAAAGAAAGGACUGAGGGGGCAUGUAAGCCUUCGGAUCAUGCAGAACACUCAUGCCAUUGACAAAUAUUCAAGAUUAAUAUUUCCUGGCACUUAUAUCGUUUUUAACUUAAUAUACUGGUCAGUCUUUUGCUGA